AUGGAUGUCGGUGGAGUCCAUCAGAGAUUUGAUAUUUACCGAGAAGUCUGACGUGUGAGUAAGAUUGUUGUUCAGGACAAGAUCAUUGUUGUUGUCAAUGAUUUUCUGUCCGAAAAGUGAACUUGUGCAAGGUUUAACAAGAAAAAAUACCAAAGUUAGCUAUAUAUAUAUAUAUUAUGUUGUUAAAUGUUGUCGUUAGAUAUUGAGUUUAUCGAUAAAAUUUGUAUACAGCAACAAAAAAUCAGGCAUUUAGCUGUCCAAUGAUACUUUUUUUGCAUCACACUCUAAAACAUUCUGGUCAAAAUUUCCUAACUUGAUAUUCCUAUAGUUUCAUUUCCUAGUAUUUUAUCUCACUUCCUAUAUCAAAGUUAUUUAUCCACCUGAUAUAGUCUGGUUAAUUUAAUAACCAGGAAGUCCUGGUCAAAUUAACUGGGUUAAAAUAAUAAGGAAAUUUGUCCAGGAAUAUAUUAAGGGUUGUGUGUCUAGGUUAACCAGAAAAAUUUUAACGCUCAAAGUGUUAGUUUUGCCGGAGUGCAUUAUAAAGAAAAAUGACGAAUCGAAUUCUCAUUUUACUUGUAUUUAAGUUGAUCUCCUUAAUACACGUGUAGGUGGGCAUUUGGCAUUUUACUUUGGGAACUCUUUACAUUGGGUGAGUACUUUUAACCAAUUACAUCAUGAAAUUAUGUGUUGUAACGUCACUUGCAAGGGCCGAAUACGAUUGCUUCCAGAGAAGAAUAUUCCGUCACCACUGUCUUCUAUUGCAAAUGGCAGAAAUAACAUUAGUCCAGCAGAUGUAAAUUGUGUAAAUUUUCGUAAGAACUUGUGUUUCAAGGUAAAAGCGGUAAAUUUGGCACAAAUAUUCAUACAUAAACACACUGUAAACAACACUGGAUAUUGCCCACAUCAAAACCUUUCCCAUAUAUACAUGCACCCGAUAAAAAUUAUGAUCCAUCCCGUUAUAGAAAGAAAGCAAAAUAGUAACUAUGCGAAAUUUAAGUAAGUUGUGGAAGGAGACCCGUCCGAUUGCCCUCACCGCCACUCUGUCAAAAGUUUUGGAAGACUUCGUUGUGACCUGGAUGAUUGAUGAUGUCGAAGACAAAAUCCGAAGCAGUUUGGUAGCUUAAGGGGAUCUUCUACAACAUUCUCCCUUAUUGACAUGAUUAACAACUGGUUGCAGGCACUGGAUAGUUUUUUUGAUUUCUCCAAAGCUUUUGACAGAAUCAACCAUAACAUUUUGAUUGCGAAACUCAUAGCCCUUGGAGUAAGAUGUUUGAUCGCAUGGAUAUGUGAUUUUCUUUCAAAUCGUCGUCAGGCAGUGAAGAUUAAUGAGUCUCGCUCGGAGUGGGCUUAUGUAAAUGGCGGUGUCCCUCAAGGAACAAAACUUGGCCCUAUCUUGUUUUUAGUUAUGAUUAAUGAUCUGAAAACGAAGUACCUAAACUCCUCUCAUUGGAAAUACGUUGACGAUGUAACGAUUUCCGAGGUUAUAAAAGAAACUGAGGAAUCGCGAUUACAAACUGAACUCAAUGAACUCCAACAAUGGGCAUGUGAGAAUAUGAAACUGAAUGGGUUAAAAUGCAAGGAAAUGGUUAUCAGCUUUUUACGACAAAGUGAUAACUAUACUCCAUUAUACAAUAAUGAUCAACAAUUGGAACUGGUUACAUCUUUCAAGAUUUUGGGUUUGACUAUUAAUAAUCACCUUAAAUGGAAUGAUAACGUUGCAAUUGUCGUAAAAAAAGCGUCGAAACGCCUUUACAUCCUUCGGGUGUUGCGUCGAUCUGGAAUUCCAUCCGCUGACUUGCUCUCAAUCUAUAACGCCUUAAUCAGAUCUGUUUUGGAAUAUGCUUGUGCAGUCUGGCAUACCAGCCUACCUCAGUAUCUUACCAACAAAAUUGAACGGGUGCGGAAACGUGCUCUGCGAAUUCUGUACCCUUUCACUGAUUAUGCGGAAGCCCUAUUUAUCAGUCGUUGUUCUCGCCUUGAUGAUAGAAGGCAUUCAAUAUGUCAGAAUAUACCUUACAAAAGAUUGCUAAGCCUUGCUCGAAACUGUACCACUUGUUGCCGUCAACUCGCGGAAACGUCCAUGGAUGGAGUUUGAGAAAUAAUAAUCAAUUAUCGCUUCCCAAAUGCAGAACUGAGAGGUUUAAGAACAGUUUUAUCCCGGCAAUGUACUAUAGUCAAGUUGACGUAUAGGCCUUUAUGGUCUUAACUUUUACAUUAGGUUUUAACAUUUAUAUUAGAUAUAGUAAUUCAUAUUUUAGUAUUUUUGUAAAUUUUAGUAUAUUUCCAUGUAAUCAUAUUGUAAUUCAUUUUCAAUGCGAUAAUAUGCAAAUAAACAUUAAUAAUAAUAAUAAUAAAAAGGUUUAAACUUUAUAAAAAAUACUGGCUUUUCAUACUUAAUAUGCGCAAAUGUCCACUUUUGAGCAUUUAUAAUACAAAAUAUAGUUUAAAAUCGCACCACUCACUUAAAUGUAUUGAAGUAAUAGUGAACUUGGAAAUUAAUUUGUUAGGAGUUUUACACUGGGUGUAUAUAACAAAAUUUCUAUUGAGCCCAUAUCCAAUAUUGUUUCCUAUAUGGUGUAUAAAAAAGGUAAUCGAACUUCAGCGCGCUAUUGUACGUGCAUGAACUACACGGCGCAUGUUUUUUUAUAUUCAGAAAGAUCAGGCUUUUAGCUAUAUUGAAUGACAUGUUUUUCAUGCCAAUUGGAGAAAAAAUAAGCAAGUACACGAGUUCGAUAAAAAAGGUUAGUCAGAAUCGCAUAUUUUCACUCUGUGCCUAUAAUUAAAGCAGUGCAUAACGAAAGAAAAAGCAAUUAAAGCAGUGCAUAACAAAGAAAAACAAGAACGUGUCGUAGCUUAGCUAAGAUUUAUUCCUACUUAUAAUAAUAAUUAUGAAUAUGUGCGUAUAGUUUUCAUCAACUUAAGUACUGAAGGGGGUUAAUUUUCAAUGGUUUUAGACUCAACUCUCAACGGUGAAAAUAUGCGAUUCUGACUAACAUUUUUUAUCCGACUCGUACAUGCUUAUUUUUUUUCAAUUGGCCGCAUGAAGAACAUAUCAUUCAACAGCUAAAAGCCUGAUCUUUCCGAAGAAGAAUAAAUCUCGUUCAUACGCAGAGUAAUUCAGAUACAAUACCGCGCUGAAGUUCGAUUACCUUUUUUUGUACACAUAUACCCCUGUAUAUAUAUGUGUCUAUAUCUGUACUAAAUUUUAUGCUUUUAACUUAAAACGCAUGGACUGUUUCAUGAAUCUGCAGGACCACUUAACAUGUUUUUCAUGCAGGUGGAAUUAACACCAUACCCAGGAAUAGACGCAAAUUAUCUAUAUGACUUUCUGUUGACUGGAAGACGACUGGAACCGCCUAAUUAUUGCCCUAACGAAAUGUAAGUAAUUUCGUAUCUUUUUGAAUAAAACAAGAUUGAUUUCAGAUUUAUGAAUAAACGUUGACCAUAUUUAACAGUUAUUCUACGAAUUCGAGUCGAAUUCGAGUCGAAUAUGAGCUGAUAGCCGAUGAGGCACGUAGCGCCGAAUCGGCUAUCGCUCAUAUUCGACGAGAGUGAGUGGAAUAACUGUUUUAUUAUAUACACAAGGUCUGAAUUCACAGACUUUGCUUUUCGAAUAUUUUCAAUAUUUUUCUAUUUUGUUUAUCUUUUUAUCUUCGCUCUUUCGGCCGAUUAUUUUUUCAAAAAUAUAUAUUUUUAACCAUUUUAAAUAUUAAAAAUUUAUUUGCAAACCUGAAAACAAUUUGUGGGAGUUUUUUCAUUGUGUUUUUAAUCCUGUGAAGGCUAUAAAAAGCGACAACUUGCCGUUUUCUCGUUUGCAAAACAUCGUAAAUUCAGUUUGGCCGCCAUUUUGUUUUUCUCUACUAGCAGGAUAUGAGCUAAUAUCCUGCUAGUAGAGAACCAAUCAGAUUGCAGAAUACCUCAUAUCCAGACCUUGUGUAUAUAAUAAAAAGAGUUAUAUUGUUAUUCUAAUGAGUUUCCAAACCGUCUAUUCUAUUAACUAUGUCUAUGGAUGUUUCGCAGAGGUCACAAAUUUCGCUUGACACCGCCAGUAAAAUGAUUUCUUUAUUGUAUUGUAUUUUAGACUAUUGUUGUUACACUUCAAUAAUUUUUAUAAUUUUGUCUAUACAGUGCCGAUGUAAUGUCAAAGUGUUGGGAGGAAGAUCCGGACGAUCGGCCAAAUUUUCACCGUUUGAAAGAAAUGCUGUACGAAACACUUUGCUGUGAAACAAUGACUCAGGUAUAAAGUCAAUAAUGAACUGCAUUAAAAAUGCAACAAAUUUCACUCUGUUAACAAAUUUCAAAAAAUGGUAACAAAUUUCACUCUGCUUUGACUCGAAUUUUGAAUUUUAGUAAAACAAUAUAAAUUUUUACAAGUUUUUAUCUCAAAAACACUCUGAUUAAAAUUUCCUGGUUGACCUAGAAAUAACUCUAUUUGCAUGGGUUAACUUAAUAUUCUUGGAUACAUUUCCUGGUUAUUUGUUCUCACUUCUUACCGUAGUCAGGUUAAUGAAACCAGGAAUCUGAUUAUAUUUGACCAGGACGUCCUUGUUAAAAUAACCAGAUCAUGUGAUUAUGUUAGGUGGAUAAAUAACCAGUGUCCCCUAUAACAACAUAUAUAGUCUGGUUAUAAUUGAGCCAGGACGUCCUGGUCAAAUUAACUAGUCUAUGAAAGAAAAAGGUUGCAAUAACUAGGAAAUUUAAGAGGAAUAGUAAGCAGGAAAUUUUAACCAGAGUGUAUGUGUUAAUCCAAUUAUUAUUUUCAUUUUACUAUAGACAUCCGCAGAAAAUGAGCAAAGUUCAAAUACAUCUACACCUGUUUUGAUCUAA